AUGGCGCAUCCUCGUGGCAAGUCCCCAACUUUCUUUCCCCUGUAUGCCUUCGCGGAAGAGGACGGCGAGCGGUAUACCUGCUUUGUACGUGAUACUGGCAUGCUUGCUACUCCACGGCAACCAACCCCAGGAGGCUAUGUCAUCCUGGCCCCUAAUUCCGAGGUCUUAGCAGCCAGUGCUGGCAUGAUCGGCGCUGCGAAGGAAGCCGCUAACCAAGAUGGUCAACCAAACGACGUGCUAGUACACCAGAUUCACCUCUGGGAUGCGGCUCUUCCCUGA